AUGAAUCGUGGUGGGUCAUGUCUAUCUUUAAAGAAGGAAUUUUUGCGGUUUGUGGGGAUUGCCGGUGGCCUACGGCGAUGGAGUGACAUGAAAGUGAUGAAGUUGACAAACUCCGUAGGGCCAGUGGGCCACAGGAAAACAGGCCCACCCACGGGCCCGCAGAAAACCACAGCCCUUCUUCUUCCUCCUCCUCUUUCUUGUUCCUGCUUCGGUUUGCAAGUCUUCUUCUUGGAAGGAGCUGUGGUGGGUCCCAGCCGUACCGUGAGGAAUCGUUGCCGGCAUAUAUAUCAUGUAUAUGGACAGCAUAUAAGACAGGCCCCUCGCCUCCCCAUGCCGAUGCCCUCCUCACUCCUCCCUCCUCCCUCCUUCUUCCAAAUCCAAUAA